GAGCUGUCUUUGGGACAAACUUUAAGUUGAAAUAAAUUAUUUUUCUAUCAUUAUGGCUUAUGAACCAAUUCCUGAUGAAAUCGGAGAUAUAAAUUUGGAUAAUUAUUAUCUAGACCAUCAAACGUAUAAUAAAUCUGUAUUCGUUCAUAAGAAAUUCUUACCAAAGAAUAAAUUUCAUAGAAAAGCAUAUUAUGAUCAUGAAAUUAAUAAGAAUUACGCUAAACCUGAUAUGCAAGAGAAAAGUCAACAAUUUGACGUUGGAUGUGAUAUCCAAAAAGAAUCUAACGAAAAGAGAAAAAUCAGAAAUAAUUUACACGACGAGAUUAUUUUAGCACAAACAGUAAAGUUUGCUAAAGAUUUAGCGCCGAAAAUAAUACCUCCAAGUAGAGAGUUCUCUCCCACACCAGUUGUGUACACUAUAAAAACAUCUAAAAAACGUGGAAAGAAGAUUUCAAAAUGUUCCAGUCCACGAGAAAAUGAUUCAAUGCCUAAUGUACAUAAAUCUAAAGAUACUAGAUAUUCUAAAAAAGAUAAGAUCUGUAUUUCAAAGGAAGAUGUAAGUCAAAGUACUCAGGAUAAUACAUCAGAGGAUUUACAAACAAAUCAAAGUUCCUCGCUCUCCCUUUCAGAAGUAUUUGAAAACAAAUUGAAUAAAACUACAAGGACUCAUAGAAAACGUAAACAAGAAUUUGAAUCUAAAAUGAAUAUAUCCAAUACUGUAGAAGGCAUAGCAACAGCUAUAGAUAGUACAAAUAAAAUAAAAAUUCACAUAAUGAACGAAGAAGAAAGGAAUGUAUUUUACGAAAGUAUAAGAGAUCCGAUUGUGAAUACAGUUAAAGAAUAUUUAAAUGAAAUUAAAAAUCCAUCUGGGAUAGCUGCGGAAAUUCAAAUUAUAUCGCAGACACUGGCAUCUAAUAUGGAAAAAUUAGAUUACGCAAUAAACACACUACAAAACAUUGAAAGAAAAAUAACUGAUUAUGGUGAUAAAAAGACGAGAGUUAUUAUGUCACCUAAACCGAUUUCCUCUAAAGCGUCGAGAUUAGAAGAACUGGCUGAAGAUAUGCCUGAUGUUAGAGAAGUAUAUGAUGAGGAUUAUGAAGCCGCUUGUAGGAAAACAAUGGUUACUAGAAGUGCAGUUGUAGCAAUGAGCCCAAAGGAAUAUAGAGCUAAUAGAAUUCCUGAUAAUUACGAUCAUGGAGAAACGGGACCUGUGCAGGUAAAUGUAACAUACAGUCAGUUGGAAACCAAACAAGAACGCCCUAAUAGAAUUCCAGCCAGAUUUUGUUGGACAGAUGGAAACAGAAAUAAUUAGAAGAAAGAAGAAGAAAGAAUUUCAUAAGUUUGGUUUUAUCUUUUGUAGCAUUCUAAUCGUAGAUUUACUAGAUUUUUCUGUUAGUUUUAUAUUAUUCGUUGUAAUGUUAUUUCAUCUAGAUAUAAACGUUGAAAAUGUAAUAAAUAAUCGAU